AUGCACGCGCUAGACCUUGGCAUCUUCAUGCACAUCGUGUCAUGCAUUCGAGUCAUGUACAAGGACGACACGAAAGUGCUGAAGGCUCUUGACAAGGCACUGCAGGAUCUGGGUGAUGCAACCCGCAUCUCGGGAUUCCUCCCUACUACUCUAUCCUUCACCCUCAUCUCUCAAACCAUACCUCUCCAUCCCUCUAUGUUGAUCCCUCCUCCACCCUCUCAUCCCAUCUUGCUUCGCCCUCUCCCUUUUUCUCACUCCCUACUUGCCUAUCUCUUCUCUCCACGCCUACCUCCAUGCAGCUCCCACUUCCUCCCUGGCAACUUCUCCCUGCCCAGCCCAUCAUCCUCCCUCUCCUCACCCACUGCAGCUCCCUCCUCACUUGCUAUUCCUCGACACCGCUCCCCCCUCCCGUGCUACUCCUCCCUGCAGCUCCCCCGUUCCUUGCUACUCCUCCCUGCAGCUCCCCCCUUCCUUGCUACUCCUCCCUGCUGCUCCUCCCUUCCUUGCUACUCCUCCCUGCAGCUCCCCCCUUCCUUGCUACUCCUCCCUGCAGCUCCCCCCUUCCUUGAUACUCCUCCUUGCAGCUCCCCCCUCCCUUGCUACUCCUCCCUGCAGCUCCCCCCUCCCUUGCUACUCCUCCCUGCAGCUCCCCCCUUCCUUGCUAUUCCUCCCUGCAGCUCCCCCCUUCCUUGCUACUCCUCCCUGCAGCUCCCCCCUCCCUUGCUAUUCCUCCCUGCAGCUCCAUCCGCCUUCACACUGGUGCCCUGUUUCGCUCCCUAUCUUGAAUCUGUUUGUUGUUUGCACACAGGCUAA